AUGGGGCGACGUGGCGCAACGACAUUGGCUGCUAGGGAGAUCAUGCGGAUCGCCCCUAGAAGGGCCGUGGCCGUCAGAUCGUAUGCGAUCUGGACGGUCCAGAUGGCCUGGGGACUUAACGGGCGGCGCCCGGCCGGAAUUUCGCCGGCGGCGGUCUGGGCGGGCGCGCGGCGGCGGUCUAGGCGGGCGGCGUUCGGGGCGGAGCGCGGCGGCGGUCUGGGCGUUCGGGCGGGGCGCGCGGCAACGGUCCGGGUGGGCGCGGCGGCGGUCCGGGCCGUGGCCGUCGAUCAGAUUAUCUCGCGCGGCGACGCGCGCGCGGGAAAGAAGAAGAGGAGGAGGCGGCGGCCGACGGCGCGGCGACGCACGGCGAGGGUGGCGGUCGGCGGUGUCGACGGUCGGCGCACUUCAACCUCCCUUCGUUUUCCCAACCCCAGGGCGCAACCCUCCCUCCUCCCUCGCGCGUCCUGCGCCGCCGCCACCGCUUGGAGUCUUGGAGAGUGGAGCCCCUCCUCUCCAGCCCUCGAUGGCGACCUCUCCUGCGCCAACCUCCUCCCGCCGUUCCCUGUCCUUCGAAACGCCAGAUGCCGCCUCCGCGACGUGACACCGCCGCCGCCCCGGAGCCCCAUGCUUUCCAAGAUCUGCCUCUUGUUGGUGGCCGCCAGCAGCCCCUUCAGGGAGCCCCACGACUCGGCAUCGUCCCUCGGGACACCCCAUGGCGAUGACGGUCAGCCGGCCGCGGUGGCGGACGGGAGCCACAGGGACGACGCUCUUCCCGGCGCUGUGCUCUGCUCCCACCAGCCACUCACCUUCCUCGGCCUGCACCGCACCGGCACUUGGGGUAACCAUUCAUAGGCUGGUCAAAUCAUGUCAAGUUCAUUUGUCUGCAGACUUUUCAGGUUAUAUUGUUGCUCAACCAUUUAUAGAUUUAGUGUCUCUUGGAAGUGUCCUCUUUCUUGCAUACGGUUGACACUACUAUCAAUAGCAAAUAACAUUAGGCAUUGCCAUGUGGUAUAGAAAAAUGAAACAACUGAGGUUAAUCUUCUUUCUGUUCUAGAUACAUCCAAUCAAAACCUUCAGGCU